CGAAAAAAUAAAAAAUAAAAAAAUAAAAAACAGCAGACUAAACCAAAAGAACACACACACACACACACACACACACACACACACACACACACACACACACACACACACACACACACACACACAGGUAAGGCAGAACAAAGGAUGCAAAGAAAGCAGUCCCGGGCGAGAGAACGCGGCGCUACCACAUCAAAACAAUAUCAACAAAGUCUUCAGGUUCCACAACAGCUUCCAUCACCACCGCCGCCACCCGCCCUGUUGCUCCUCUGCCUCGCGCUGCACUCCACUCCAAUGCUGAAGCCUGAAUACUGAAGGCCCAACGCUCAAUGCUGUACUCAUCUGCUGUACUCACCUGCUGAAAAUUCAAAGGUAAGGAAGAAGAACAGAACAUACCUGAACCUACCUACUUUUUUUUCUUUUCUUUUUUUUUUUUUUAUGCAGGGAAAACACUGACCAAAGCCAAGUAGAAGAAAACGAACGUCAAAAAUUAGAGGAUAAGUGGCUUCAAACCUCCCUUUAGAAAGAGUUCAAGUAGGAAGGUGAACGACACUACCAAGGCUUGCUAAAAUACGAAAUACGAAGCGUCAUUAGCAGCUGAAGUGGCCGCGACUGAUCCCUUCCCUUUGAGCACGCCAGCGACGGGAGCUCAGGGCGGCGCAGAACUGAAGCGAGAGUCUCUCAAAUACUUCUGUGCUGUCGAUCAGUGAAGACAAAGUGAGCUCUUCUCUCUGUUCCCGUGCCCGAGCAGACGAUCUUGUCACUGCUCUGAAGGGCGCCACAGGAAGCACACGCCAGUGGAAGCAAGGAAACAACAACAACAACAACAACAUCACCACCAUCACCACCACCACCACCACCACCACCACCACCAAGCACAACCACAACAAUGAAAACACUACAAUUAACCACCACAGCAUUACUACCACUAUUCCUACCACUACUACACGCACCCCAGCACAGCGCACACCCACUCGACGCACACCCACGCACGCCACAGCAGCACAGACCCGCGGGACACGAGAUAACCAUUGUGAAGGACAGCAGAAGAAGUCCAUCGAGGGGCGUUCAUUACAUCGAAGUGGAAACAAGUAACGGAAUAAGGCUGAUGCAGAGGGUGGAGCCUAUGGGUGGUGACGCAGGCGGAGGCACCAUCACGUCUGGCGCAUAUCAGUUCACACACCCAGACGGCACGCUGCAUGAGCUUUCCUACGUGGCAGACGAACAUGGCUUUCGUCCCGUCUCCAACAUGAUCCCAGUGGCGCCCCUCAGCCCGCACCACGCCCCCUCCACCACGCCCCUGCACGCCCCAAGGUGAACCCAAUCCCACUUCCCUCACCACACCCCCGGUACAGCGAGCACCAGUCAAAACCCUCCCAGUAUGACCAGCCACGACCCCAGUACCAGCCUGCAUCCCGUCUCCCACCACCACCACCACCACCACCCACCCAGUUGAUUCCUCAGGCCUCCCGGUACACGCCCCCAGUUUCCCGGUUCGCUCCCCCAGCCGCCCCAGCAUCCCAGGUUUCCCAGAGCUUCCAGUUCAACCCACCAGCUCCCCAGAACAAGAAGGAGCCACCCCAGUAUAGUCCCCCGGCUCCUCAGUACCGGGAAGUCCUGCCCCAGUACGGUCCUUCAUCCCCCAAGUACGAAGAGAAGCCCCAGUUGAAGGAGGCAUUCCAGUACAGCCCUCCGGUUCCCCAGUAUAAGGAAGAGGAGUCCCAGUAUGAGGAGGACGCCGCAAAUCACCAGUUCACAAGAAGUACCCAGUAUUCCAGACCAGUUUCCCAACAUCAGGUUAAAACGCCCAUUCCCCAGUAUCCUAAAGACGUCCCAAAGGUAGCACAUAAGGAAGAGAAGCCCCAGUACACUCCCCCAGUACCCCAGUUUAACGAGGAAUCCCAGUACGUCAAACCAGAGCCCCAGUUUAAGAAGGAGGUAACCCAGCAGGACAUACCGGGAUUCCAGCAUAAGGAAAUGCCAUCCCAGUAUCAGGUAGACGUAUCCCAGCUUAAGGAAGAGAAAGAUGACCCCAAGAAAGACUCCCAGUACACCAAACCGGGUUCCCAGUAUGAGGAAGCUGCUACGUUCUCAUUCCCAGUCAAACAACCUGAAUAUAAGGAAGACAAGGUGCCCCAGUAUAAGGAAGAUUCACCCCAGUAUCAAGACCACCAGUACGUACCGGGACCGCAGUUUGAGGUGACUAAACCCGCAGCUGACAAGGCAGAAGGUAAGGAAGACCUGUCCCAGUACCAGGAGAACGUGUCCCAGUACAAAACAGAUCCCCAGUACACGGAAAAUCUCUCCCAGUAUGACCAACCGGACUCCCAGUAUAAGGAAGGCUCCCAGCAUCAAUUAGACCUCUCCCAGUAUGAAAAAGAUGACUCCCAGUAUAAAGAAGGGCUCUCCCAGUAUAAGGAAGACCUCCCCCAGUAUAAGGAAGACCUCCCCCAGUAUAAGGAAGACUCCCAGUAUAAAAUAGACCUCUCCCAGUACGAUAAACCAAACAUACAGCAAGAAAAUCCCGACUCCCAGUACAAAGACCACUCCCAGUUUGAGGAAGACCCCCAAUUUAACACAGGCCUCUCCCAGUAUGAUAGACCUGACUCCCAGUAUGAAAAACCAGACCCUGAUCAUAAGGAAGACCUAUCUCAGCAUAAAGAAGAUCCCUCCCAGUAUAAGGAAGACUCCAAGUAUAAGACAGACUCCUCCCAGUUUGAAAAAGAAGACUCCCAGUAUAAAGGAGACCUUCCCCAGUAUAAUGAAGGAGUGUCAGAGUAUAAAGAGGACUCCCAGUAUGAAAAGGACUCCCAGUAUAAAGACUUCUCCCAGUAUAAGGAAGGCUCCCAGUUUAGAAUAGACCUCUCCCAGCACGAGAAACCUGACUCCCAGAAUAAGGAAGACUCCCAGUAUAGAAUAGACUUCUCCCAGUACGAAAAGCCUGAGUCCCAGUUUAAGGAAGGCUUCAAGUAUAGGAUAGACCUCACCCAGCACGAGAAACCUGACCCCCAGUAUAAGGAAGAUCUCCCCCAGUAUAAGGAAGACCUCCCCCAGUAUGAAGACGUUGCCAAAUAUAAGGAAGACUCCCAAUACAAAAUAGACCUCUCCCAGUAUGAGGAACACGACUCCCAGUAUAAGGAAGACCUCCCCCAGUACAAGACAGACCUAUCCCAGCAGGACAACCCGGAUUCCCAGUAUGAAGACGACCUCCACCAGUACAAACAACGGCAGGAUCACGAGGAAGACCCAUCCCAGUAUACCGCAUCUUUCCCCCAGUACACGGAGCCCCAGUUCACGUCAGGGGGUGGCGAGGACCUCCCUAAAUAUGGCGAGAAGAUGAAGAGGACAGCUAAGUCACAAGAGAAGGAGGAAGAUGAAGACCAGUAUCGUUCAUUGUUCAUCAGCCAGUACCCCUCCGAGUAUGACACCCAGUAUGACGACCAGUACGACCCCCAGUAUGGCGACCAGUACGAGCAGCAGCAGGAGGCCACACUGUUUUACCCAGUCGUGGCCAGAGAUUUCCAGCCACCAGAUCUGUCAGUUUUCAAAUUUCCAGAACCCACAGUGACCCACGAACAUGCCAGAUUCGGGGACACUCCUGUCUACAUCCCAGUCCACCUGCGCUCCCAACUCAGCUCCACGACCUCCACGGAUGGCACAAACUCGCAGAAGGCGCUGACGGAGGCUGAGAGUGCGGUAAUAAGCCCUUCCAGUGAGUCAUUUGGCGAAUCUUCAAGUUCAGUUACGAAAUCCGAAGGGGGUUUUGUGGGUGAGGAUUUAGAUGAGGAGGUGAAGGAGGCGGAGGAGGAGGAGGAGGAGGAGGAGGAGGAGGAGGAGGAGGAGGAGGAGGAGGAAACUGAUUUGAAGGAGUUUACUUUUACCGACACAUCAGAGGAAAUCUAUACUGGGAAGGAAUACGAGGGAAAGUCAGUUACCGGUACGUCUCUUUCACUGCCAUCCACGGAGGAACAGAUAUACACCGGUGAGGGAAGGGAAGCGUCCACUCAUACCGGUGCAUCACAGGAAGACAUUUAUACCGAGGGAGUGGGUGAGGAGAAGUCAGUUCCCGGUACAUCUUCAUUGACAUCCACAGACGAGGAGCAAAUAUAUACUGACGAAGGAAGGGAACAGCUCACUCACACCGCUACAUCAGAAGAAAUAUAUACCGGGGAGAGGAAGGAAAAGCCCAACAUACCCGGUACAUCACACCCUGACUCUGAGCAAAUCUACGCUGACGAGAGAUCAACACACCAAACGCAGCACGUCUCGCACGCUCCACCAGUCGCCGAGUCCACCCUGAUCUCUGAAACUGAGACUUCCCAAACCGGUGCAGCCCAGGUCGAGGUGGCUGAGGAUGACGCAAAACACGAACCAGUCCACCUAGAACGUCCAACGGAAGACGAGAGAGACCUAGGAGAGGACCAUCACUCGGGCCAAACAAACACAGCUUCCACAGAUACUAAGUCCACAUCAGGGAAGCCUCAGGAACAAAAGGGCGCCAAGUAUACUGAGAGCCAAGAGGAGAGUCCAGGGGUAGCCUACAAAGAGUCUAAAAUCCAGAAGUCCGAGUGAGUUUUAAAUGGGACAGGAAAAGGUACCGGACAGGACUUUAAUCUUGAUCUUGAUCUUAAUGGGGGCUUUUGAACAGUGCUGGUAACUUUGAGUCCAGUGUUGAGGAGGAGGAGGAGGAGGAGAGAGGAAGAUAAGUGCUUCCUCCAAAACUCUCUCCCAUUUUCUUUCUUUCCUCCACUCGUUAUGAUAUUGAUGAUGAUGAUGAUGAUGAUGAUGAUGAUGAUGAUAAUGAUAAGAACAAAGUAAUAACAACCGCAAUAACAAAGAUGAUGAUGAUAAGAACAAAGUAAUAGCAAAAAACAACAACAACAACAACAACAACAACAAAAAGAAAAGAAAAAAACAAUAAUAACAGUAAUAGUAAUGAUAACAGCUAAAAUAAUAAUAAUAAUAAUAAUAAUAAUAAUAAUAAUAAUAAUAAUAAUAAUAAUAAUAAUAAAAAUAAUAAUCUACAAGCCUUCUUACAUCAAUAUAUAAUGAAAAAUAUACGAGUAUAUCUUCACUUACACUUGAGUCUAAACAUUAUAGUGUAGAUAUUACAUUGAUCUCUAUGUACUUCUAAUAAACAAAACUGUGAUUCCUCGUAGAUAUAGAAAAACUCUCUCUCUCUCUCUCUCUCUCUCUCUCUCUCUCUCUCUCUCUCUCUCUCUCUCUCUCUCUCUCUCUCUCUCUCUCUCUCUCUCUCUCUCUCUCUGUUGUUGAUUAAUUGCUACUGUUUUGUAAAUAAAUAGUUGAAUAAAAAAUAAAAGCAGGUGCUGAAA